GAAAAUAUACAGAGGAAGAAAAUGGCGUCUCAAUUCUUCAUACCAUCAGCAAACGUCACCAGUGGCGGCGGAGAUGCCAUUUAUGUAGCGACCGUGCCGCUCAAAGCAACGGCUGGUCCACCACAGCUUAUCAUGUCAAUGGCUUAUUCACUAAAUAUAUGGAAUUUACAACAUUUCAUGGUUCUCAUCAAACCAUCUUCUUCAAUUCCUCAAGAGGUAAUCGUGUUUGAUUUCCAGCCUGUUAAUCCAGAAAGCGCAGAAGUAGCAGUAUCAAUUAUAUCAGGAAACUCGGUUCCAGGAGUAGUGAUGCAAAGAAAGUUGAAAAAUAUUCCAAAACAAAGAUGUUGGAUGGUUGGAUCAUCCAAAGGGGAAAACGCCAUGGAAAUGGCAAUUGAGUUUAAUAGCUCAUGGGUAACUGGUCUUAGAGUUGGCUUUCAUGAUUGCAGACAUUAUACCAAUGAACUUUUUUUGAACAACUUACCGGAGAAGUACAAAUUGUUGAGUGACUCACAAGAAGCUACCGCAGUUAGCAUCCACCUCAAGAAUGGAUGAAACAUAUGUUCACUUAUCUACCAAGAUAAAUGGCCAGCACUUAUAAGUAUCUUGUAAGUUUUAAAACGAAUAACAACACCAAAUGACAAGUACACAAACCAAUAUAACCAACAAGAAACCCAAAACGUAAAUCUUCUAACUUCUUGUUGUUUCCAAACCCCCAAAAUCUAUAGAAUAUAUGAAACUAGUUUAUUCUAUUAAAAUUGAAGUACAAAAUAAUAAUUACCUUUUUUUAUGUGAAUACUUACAGAUUUUUAUUCCAUUUUUAACUAAUUCUAUAAUUCUAACCGCUUCAUUUAUAGUUUUUUUUUAUUAAUUUGAAGUCAUUUAUUAUAGAAGUACAAAAAAGAACUUACCUAUUUUUAAUUAUUUUAUUAUAUAUUUUUCAUUUCUUUUUCCACUCUUCCAAACCAUUCCAUUAAUUUGUGUACCAUAAUAAUUCGACAUCAUAUAUUUUACGUGUUAACCAUAAUAAUUUCACAAGUUUAAAUGAAAUUUCUCCUUUCGUGACGAGAAUUCAAAACCGGUUAACAAAAAAAAAUAUUUGUUUACAGAAUUAGUUAAAUAUCGGCAUUCAGGUACACGUUCGAGUACAUAUCGGGUUUUCGGCUAUCAGUUUUUUUGGAUUUGAAAAUUAAACUUCAUUCGGCUAUAAUAAAUUUCUGUGUGGCAUUCGAAUCUGAUUCUUCCGAGUUCGGAGAGUUCGUAGGAACGUAAAAUAGACAAAUAACAUAUAUGUUUAAGAAUAAUACUAAACAAUUUAUAAAAAAAAAGAAGUAAAAACCAACAUCCGCUCUAGUAAUAUCUAUAAUAAUUACAUCAAAUGACAAAUACAAAACCAAAACCGAGUUAUAAUAAUAAGCUUACCAAGAAUGCGAUCAGAGCAGUGCACAGAAGAUACGAUGAGGAAGAUACUGACAACAUAUGCAAGUAGCAUUUUCUUGGUGAUAGCCAUUUUUAUGAUAUCUUCUUAACUUUUUAUAUUUCUUAUAUUUUUGUUUUACUUCGGAUUGUUAUAUAUAUAUAUAUAUAUAUAUAACAAAAAAAUAUACGUAAAAGGUAUUUUUAAGUCAAAAGAAUCAUUUCGAUUUAUUUCUUCAGAUUAUAGUCAAAAGAAAAUAUUUUAUUUCCUAAUUAUGAUUCAAUAUUGGUAGGGUAAUAUUUUAAUCUUUCAUGAAAAAUAGUUGGUAAACAUAAAAUACAUACUUAAUUUCUAAAUAAAUUUCUAAAAUAUGAAUAAAAACAAAGUAUAGUUUCGUAGUCAAAUAUAUCAAAGGAAGCAAAUCUUUUUGAUUUAUCGAAUCCGUGAUUUGAAUGUUUGUUUAAAUCUCCCCUUAGAGACAUGAAUCCUUUCUAAAGUUUUAAAAUCUAACCAUAGCUUGAUCCGCUUGUCUGUUGUGUUUUACUUUUUUUUUGAGUGAAUUAGUCCAAAAUCCUAGAACUUGUGUGAAAUUAGGUAAAUGCACAACACAAUAAAAGUAUGAGGUUUAAAGUUUACUAUCGAUUGUUACAAUUACAAUUCAGUCCUUCUCUGUAGUUGGGGGGGGGGGGAUUGCGCAAGUACGUAAGAG